UCGGAGCGGGACGAGAAACCUCGAACGGGAUAGUUCAGCUAGCCGUAAUAAACGAUGAAGAGUAUUCUAUUGGUGUGUGCGUGCUCGUUGCUGAUCGGGGUCCAGGCCAUCGGCAGGUACAGAGGCCUCGAGUUUUUGGAUCCUUGCCCCAAGAGUGAUUACAACGUCGAGAGUUGCUUAGCAAGAUCAGCCAACGUCCUCACCGAGCACUUUCAACACGGUUUGCCUCAGUUGGGCUACCCGGAAGUGGAGCCGAUCAUUCUGGAUGAAUUACACAUCGCCCUUGGCGGAGGACCGGAUGGGUACAGAGCUCAGUUCAAGAACAUCACCGCGAAAGGAGUGUCGACGCUGCGAGUGACAGGGCUGAGGGCCAGGCUGUCGGACGACGAGGUGCAAUUGCAGUUGGCCCUGAGUAUUCCAAAAAUUCGCGCCGCGGCCAAGUACAGGUCCAGCGGCACUCUGCUUCUGGUGAAAGCCAGCGGAGCCGGGGACUACUGGGGCGAAUACGACGGUGUCAAGGCUAAGGUGUUUAUCAGGGCGAAGCCUUUUCUGAUCCAAGGCCGACGAUACUUGAGGCUACAGCAGCUUAAGAUGGACUUCAGCGUGCAAAGUAUUAAAAUGGGCGUCGAAAAUGUUCGCGACAGCAAUGCCAUUAUUCUGGCUGCGUUGAAUUUAUUCAUUAAUACCAACAGCCAGGAAUUAUUGAAGGAAAUGAAACCGGAUCUGAGGAGGAAGCUGGUUCAAGUAAUGACCACCUUCGUCGAGAAGAUCUUUGCUCAGGUGCCCUACGACGCUUGGAUCACCGAGUGAUCUAUACCAAAUGAUUUCCCACAGACGAAAUAAAGAUCACCAAAUACUUACGCCUCGAAAAUCGACAGGCUUAAAUAAGAGUGAAAGAUCGAACGGAAGUAUUCAGAUACUUUUUGGAGAACGCUGGAUCAAAUCUCGUUCACAGAAUGAAUCAGAAAUUAAUUUUUAAGUAACGUUAUUUAAACAUUUAUUUAAUCCUGUUGCAACUGGGAUAUAAGAGGAACGAUAGAAUGAAAUACGUUUUGCAAAUC